CAACUCUUGUGAUUUCAUCCAUUCUCUCUCUCCCCCCACCACACACAGCUUUACAAAACAAAACACUUGCUCACUAUUCUUUUCCUUACAUGCUUCAAUGGCUCAAUUGUUGUCACCAGUGUGCACAGACCCUCUCAAAUUCCAAAACCCAUUACAGAGUUUCUGUCCAAGAAGUGGAUGGGCCUUGCUUGCCAACAACAGUGUCAGUUGGAGAAUGAUCGCCCAUGGAAGAAGGCGAAAAGGGUUUGGCAGAGUCAGGGUUGCGACAGGGGACUCGGCGCGAUCGGAGGCCGUUGCCGAUGAUUACUAUGCUUUGUUGGGUCUGCUUCCAGAUGCCACACCAGAGCAGAUUAAGAAAGCCUACUAUAAUUGCAUGAAAGCUUGCCAUCCAGACUUGAGUGGUAAUGACCCAGAGACCACAAAUUUCUGUAUGUUCAUCAAUGAUGUUUAUGCGGUUCUCAGUGAUCCUGUGCAGCGCAUGGUUUACGAUGAAAUUCAUGGGUAUGCUUUGACUGCAAUCAAUCCUUUCUUGGAUGAUUCCUGCCCAAAGGAUCACGUAUUUGUCGAUGAGUUUAGCUGCAUAGGUUGUAAAAAUUGUGCCAAUGUAUCCCCAGAUGUAUUUGGCAUUGAGGAAGAUUUUGGAAGAGCCAGAGCAUAUAGUCAGUGUGGGAAACCUGAAUUAGUUCAACAAGCAAUAGAUAGUUGCCCAGUUGAUUGCAUCCAUUGGACUUCUGCUGCACAACUAUCUUUGCUUGAAGACGAAAUGCGGAGGGUAGAAAGAGUAAAUGUUGCACUGAUGCUUUCAGGAAUGGGAUCUUCAGUGGAUGUUUUUAGAAUGGCAACCUCUCGAUGGGAAAAGAAACAAGCUAAAAUCUUGGCAAAAGCUAAAGUGAGGAUGAUGAAGCAGAAAGGUUCUGAUCAAACUGAAUCAUAUUGGAGCAACCUCUGGGGUAAGCCCAGAGACUAUCAAAAUACAGUGGUUGCAGAGGAGGAAGCAAAAGAGAGAGCACAAAGAGCUGCUGCAGCAUCUCGAAGAUGGAGAGAGUACUCGAGAAGGGGUGCUGAUAAACCUCCCACCUUUAAACUUCCCGAGUCCGUGUCAAACAAUGAAAAAUGAGUAGUAAAUUCUGAUACCUCUUGAUUUUCCAUUGUUAUAUGUAAUUAAUAUAUUCAAAAUUUCUUUACUGAAAACAUAUAUACGAGAUGGAGAGAGUACUCGAGAAGGGGUGCUGAUAAACCUCCCACCUUUAAACUUCCAGAGUCCGUGUCAAACAAUGAAAAAUGAGUAGUACAUUCUGAUACCUAUUGAUUUUCCAUUGUUAUAUGUAAUCAAUGUAUUCAAAAUUUCUUUACUGAAAACAUAUAUGAUAAAUGUCUAGAUGUCAUGUACUAUAAAUGUAAAAUUCAUAUUGAUCUCA